AUGGAAACAGAGAAGAGAGACGAGAUGCUUCAGCGCGAGCGCCAGCUGUUGCGCGCCGCCGCGAGGCAGAGACCUUGCGCAGAGUGCAUUCUCUGCAGAAGCAACGCCUGCAUUGAGAGGUGGCAGAUCGCGCCGAUUUCGGCAUUUUCUCUCGCUCACGCCGAGUCGAAGGUCUUCUGGGACACAGCCUUUUUUCCGGUCGCCGCGCGAGACAGGCGCCCGCUGUUUCUGGGGCCGUUCGCCGACGAGGCCCUCGGCGGCGCGCUGACCGCCCUGACGGUCGAUUCGCUUUUAGAGAAGAUGGCGCACGAGCAGAAGAAGCGGGUUUCUGUUCACGUCGCGCCUUCGCGCUGCCUCAACUUCGUGGCUAAGAAUUUCAAGUACGAGUUCAUGGACUUUUCCGAGCUGGUACAGAGCAUUCGACGUGAGCUGAGAAGCGGCCGCGGGACCGCGGCACGACGCGACGCGCCGGCGGGACGAGGGGAAGCGAGCGACGCCUCAAGCAUUCCAGAGAGCCACGCAGAGGCAGCUGACUCCUCGUCGCGGCGGUACUUCUACUUCCGAUCUCUGGGGCGGAGACCUGCCAAGGACCCCUCUUCGCUGGCUGCCCUCAGUCCUGCCGUCGCAGCAGCCUUCCGCCUGCCGCCAGGGCUGCGGCUCGAGGACGCGACGGGCGCGCCUUGUCCCUCGUCUCCGACUCCCUCGACGUCGUCUGCCUCUCCCGAGUCUUCCUCGUCGUCGUAUUCCGCUUCGGCGUCGCCCUCAUGCGACGCGUGCAGCGCUCGUCGAGAAGCGGCGAAGGAGCCUGCGCGACGGCGCGACGGCGAGGUGACACACGCAGGCCGCAUAAAGCAAACGAUCGGCGAAAAGGGAGCCGGCGGCUGCAGCUCUGCGCCGGCGGAGGCGCCAGUCGAAGCACACUCCACGGUCCUGCGGGUUGCCCAGCCAGGGCUCGAGCUGUGGACACACUACGACAUUCCAGACAAUUUCUUAGUGCAGAUCUCCGGCUACAAACGCGUCUUCCUCUUCCCGCCCUCUGCUGUCGAUCGCCUCGCGAUUCGCUGCUCCUCAUCCCCAGUCGAGGGACUGGUGUCGGGCUCCUCGGAGUUUGAGCAGACGCAUCCGGAGGCUGUGGGGGCGCUCCGCGAGGCGCGGUACGUCGAUUUGUCUCCGGGCUCGAUCCUCUUUCUGCCGACACGUUGGAUCCACGGCGUCCUCGCGUUCCCUGCCUGGACGGAUCUCUGCGCAGGCUGUCGCAGCUACGUCGAGGCGCUCGGGAGUCGCUCCGUGGAGCCGGUGGGGGACGCGCGGGCGUCGCACGGUGCCGACGCGCAGCAACGAGGCUGCGAGAGGGACAGCGGCGUGCUCGAUGCCACCGCAGAGGCGACCGCGCGAGGCCUCAGCACCGCGCAGAGCCUCAAGGAAGAGGAUGCGCGAGAGACCCCGGACGCAUGCGUGUCGGUAAAUGUAUUCUUCUACGACCGCACUGUGCCAAACGCAGAGGCGGUCUACGCGAAAAAGGACGUGUACGGAAACAAGGAUCCAGAAAUGUACGAGGAGGCACGUGCAAUCAUCCAGGAAAAGGUAGUCCCGAUUUUCUCCGCCCUCCCCGAUACGUCGUCUGCCUUUUACUUGCGAAAGCUCUCGCUUGAGCUUCAGCACAUUGCGAAAGCCAUGGAAGAGAACGGGAACGCCUAA